AAGUUGUCAUGGGAUCCAGGCAUCGGGGCCCUUCUCUAUUUCUUCGGAUUUUAUGCUCAAACUGAAGUAACAAGAAGGAGGAAUCUUAUAGCUCCAGCUUUCUACUCAGACAGUGUCUGUGUCGACCGCCCCUACUACCUCGACGCAUUUUCUGACCAAGUGAACAUCAGCUACGAGUAUUUCCUUGAGCAAGUCGGCGUUGUAUGCUCCCUCAAUCUCGCCAAGUUCCGCCUCAACUACGGCACCCACUACGACCUCGGCGAAGUCUUGAAGCAUCAAGCACCAUGGGAUCUAGGAGGUUCGACAUGGCAUCGGCUUGAGGUCAAGCCGAAUUUCAAGGAAGGGGGAAUGUUAGCGACCAACCGUACACUCUUCACGGGCUGGGCCAUUGGUUGCGCCUAUUGGGCCUGGGCUGAUGGGAAGCAACAGAAGGCAGCAACUACAUAUACAAGCGAACGGGCUACGAACGACGGGGCUUGGAUCAGGACGGCUUCGGCCUCCUCUGCUUCUGUCUUUUCUUCCUCUCGUGUUCCUCUCCUCCUCUGUACUAGCUAAACCUUGGUGAAUCCAUGGCUUGUAGUUCAAGUCCUUGAGCAAUUGAUCUCAGUACUAGUGUGUUGCUAACAUGGACACCCCAGAAGCAGAGCCCACACCAGCUCAAACUUUUCCCCCAUCCGAUUGAAACCCUCGCUCCACCCACCACCAACCAUGCCGCCGCCGCCGCCGCCGCCGCCGACGCGGCCUGCACCGGCGCUGCCGGACGAGCUUCUAGAGGAGAUCUUCCUCCGCCUCCCUCCGGACGAGCCGGAGCACCUCGUGCGCGCCUCCCUCGCCUGCAAGCUCUGGCUCGGGCUCCUCUCCGGCGCUCGCUUCCGCGGCCUCUACCGCGAGUUCCAUGGAGCUCCCCCCAUGCUGGGAUUCCUCUACAACUGGUUCUUUUGCAGCGGCCCCAAGGAGGAUGACCCCGUGGCAAACUUCGUCUCCACCACCAAAUUCGGUGCGCUCGUUCCCGACAGCGAUGGCUGGGACCGUCAGUACACUCCGUGGGACUGCCGCCAUGGCCGAGUCCUCCUCGGGGACUACACUGGGCUCAUCGUUUGGAACCCCAUGACAGGUCGCCGGAUGAAUCUGGAACCGCCCGUCGGCUAUGUUGGUGCUGCGGUGUUCUGCGCUGUGACGGGCUGUGACCACCGUGCGUGUCAUGAGGGGCCCUUCCGGGUCGUCGUCAUCGGCCUGGACAUGAAUGAGGAUGAUGGCGAUUGUGUUGCACACGCGUGCGUGUCCUCGCCGGUGACGCCCGAGUGGAGCAGGGCGUGCUCUGAUUCUCAUUUUGAUGGGAGGGGCAGGGCGAGCUCUGAUUCUCGUUUUGAUGGCUGGAGCAAGCAGUGCUCUGGUCUUUAUCUUCUCGCAGGCGAUCCAAAAAUCGAUGCACUGCCUCCUGUCCUCGUUGAUGACGCACUUCACUUCAGGCUUACAGAUGACGAUGAGCGUGUAGGAAUUCUCAAGUACGACUUUAGCUCUAAUUGCUUAUCAAUGAUUGAUGUGCCGCUUACGAGGUUGGCCAUUGUCUGGCCCGCUAUCCUCAUGGCAUUGGAGGAUGGCAGCUUGGGGUUAGCACACUUGGACGGGUUAACCCUCUAUCUAUGGUCAAGACAGAUAGAUUCCAACGGAGUUGCGUCAUGGACUCAGCAUAAAGUCAUCGAUCUAAAGGAACUUCUCCCCAUUCAAAAUCCCAAGAAAAGAAUUAGUGUUAUUGGAUCUGUCGAGGGCCAUGAUAUCAUUUUCGUGAACAUAGAUCUUGGCAUCUACGAGAUUGAUUUGAAGACACUACGGUGGAAGAAGCUAUGGAAGAGAGAAAAAUUCCGUUCUUUGAUUCCAUACAUGAGCUUCUACAAUCGACAAGAAAGGGUGAGGCCCUGCAAGGCAUUGACAACAGAUGAUUGAAUAUGCUUAAGGGCAGGAGGCAACAUGAGAAAUGUUUAUUUGAAGGCGACAUGGGUCUUGCGAUCAGUGUCAGUAUUCGGAAGCCGUUUUAAUGCAGUGGUGAUUAUUUUCUCAUAGUUUUGUUGGAUUUUGUAUGCAAGCUCGAGGUUUUCCGCACGUUAACGGUGUGUGUAAGCAGGCUAAUGAGUUAUCUCGUAAUGAACCUCCAAUUUCUUGCAGCAUCAGUUAUGUUCUUAGUUUUUUAAUUGGCUUGAAAAUGUACCACGGACACUAGCUUUGUCUUGCCAUUGUAAAAACUCUACAGUCUGCUCUCAUAGCUUUGAGCCAAAACAGAGAACAUUGAUGAUGCUUUAGAGCUGGUGAUUUCUGUCGCCAAGAGAUGAUGAUGGUUUCCUCAUAAUGGCUCACUGGUAUGCCUUAAUUAAUUUUGUGAAUUUGAUUAGUGCUGGAGGUCAAGUGCUGAUGUUACUGAAGAGUAAAGAGUAUAGCAUGCAGUUACUUUUUUAUCCAGCAAGCAAUGUUACUGAAGAGUAUAGCAUGUAAACUGAAAUAUUGAGCUGUAAGUUGAGGUAACUGACAGUAUGGCAGGAUCUGAGUUGCAUGAAGAUCUUAUAGAGGUUUUACUGCUACAGUGCCUCCACAAAUCUGUUAGGUAUUAGGUUGCUAUUUGUUGCAUAUUUUUGGUCUGCAGUGGAGAUAAUAGUAGACUGCAAUGUCCUUGUAGUGAGAUGAAGAUGUAUAUGUUUUGUCACAUACUGCUAGGCUACAGUGUUCAUUGUAACUGUUUUGGUUUAUUAUAUUCCAGACUGGUUCACAGAUUUUCCUUAUUUCUUAGACAAGAUCUUUCACUCAAAAGCAUCAA